UUGAUGUCGGCACACAGAGUGCUGAACAAGUUUAGUUAUAAAUAUAUAUUUACUAUCGUAAUAUUCAUUGAGAAAAAAAACAAAGUCCUGUUGCUGUUAUUGAUCUCACCUAAUGAUUCAAAAUUCAAACUUUUAAUGUUACAGUGUUCCCAAUAAAUCUUCCACAAUCAUCUAUGAAAACUAUGACGCAAUUUUCGGCAAAAUUAUCUUAAAAUCGUCAUCGCUGCUGUGAAUGUGAAUGUGUUUGAAGCUCUCCGUGAAGUAAUGACAAAACAGCUCGCUAGCAUGUGUCGCCGCUUUAGUCAUUCGUCUGCGUCCAAGCGACACCUACGACGAAACUGCGCAUCUCGAGCCUAAAUCAACUAUGACAGACGAAGAAUCAGCUGGCUCAUCCGAUACAAGUUGGUUUAGUUGGACAAGGUAUUCCUUCAACAUGCUACGUUCAAUCGAGAAGUCAAUUUUGUCGCAUUUGCGACGACCAUACCGAGGUAUGUUCGUCGACAUCGGCCCGUGCGUUGGAGAUCAAGAUAAAGUGUGGACGAUUACGAUGAACAACGAAGAAUCCAAACGAGUGCCCAUUCUGAUGCUGCACGGACUUGGCGCGGGUGUGGCGCUGUGGGUUCUCAAUCUGGACGAGCUAGCCCAGCAUCGUACGGUUUACGCGAUUGACAUUCUUGGCUUUGGACGAAGUUCGCGGCCGCGCUUCUCAGACGAUGCCAUGGUGGCCGAAAAACAGCUCGUCAAGUCAAUCGACGAAUGGCGAAAGGAGAUGGGUCUCAAGGAGAUGAUUCUGCUUGGCCAUUCGAUGGGUGGCUUCCUUGCGGCAAGCUAUGCUCUGUCCUAUCCCGAUCGCGUCAAGCACCUCAUCCUAGCCGACCCAUGGGGAUUUCCCGAGAAGCCCAAAGAUGUCGAACGGCCGAAGAAAAUCCCAAUGUGGGCUCGUGCAAUCGUAACUGCCUCCAAACCGCUCAACCCGCUGUGGAUCCUUCGGUUCUUUGGACCGCUGGGCUCGUGGCUGGUGGGGAAGACCAGGCCGGACAUCCUGAGGAAGUUUUCCGGCGUCGUCACAAACCCCGACGACAUACCAAACUACAUUCAUCAAUGCAACGCACAGAGUCCAACCGGUGAGAGCGCAUUCCACACCAUGAUGCAGGACUUUGGAUGGGCGAAGAACCCAAUGAUAAACCGAGUACAGGACAUGAAGAGCACGGUUCCUAUAACGUUCCUGUACGGAGCACGCUCGUGGGUGGACAACAGCCCAGGCGAAACGAUCAAGCAACUGCGGCAUCAAAGCUUCGUCAAAGUGCACUCGAUUCCCGGUGCCGGUCACCACGUGUACGCGGACGAUGCGGCCACCUUCAACCGGUUGAUAAACGAGGCGUGCGCGACCUGUGAUGCGGAGAAUCAAACCGUGGCCGAAAUUAAACCGGAAUCGCCGGAAGCCAGUGCAGCUUAGAUUAGCUUAAGUUUUUAUAGUGCCUGUGAACAAGAAAUGGAAACACAAAAUAUCACAAUGCAAUUUAUAUUAAAGUGUGACAUUUAGAUUAUUUGUAAGUAUUGGAAUAUGUAAAAUCUGAUCAAAUUCUCAGGUUUGACUAUUUAAAUAAAUUUAUUGAUAUUAAAUACUUCCCA